AAAAGUGUGGUCGACGUUUGCUUUCGACUGCCACCGAAAUUACGUUUCAAGUCAAAUCCUCAUCACCAGAUGAAGCAGCUUCCAUAGUGAGGGAGCUCAAAAGCCAGUCCCUUGAUGCCAUGAUGCUCCAAGUCAACAUUCGGAUUCGGCCAGACACUGCCAGACUGAGCGAGGAGAGCAGCUCACAGAGGCUGGAAACGAGCAGCUCGAACUUUCCGAUUCCUUUCCGCAACGGCUAUUCUCUGUCAGAUUCGUAUCGCAUGCAGUUCAGGAACGACUCGGACGGUGAAGGUCGAAAAGCAAAUGUAAAUAUGCUAGGUUCAACGCAAGAAGGCGAUGGUACGAUGUCAGAGGACAUGGAAUCGAAGCCCGUUCAAGGGACAAUGCUUCUGUGAUUUCGGGAGAUGGUUAAAAUUGAUUCACUAAAGAUUUUAAUCACGGCG